AGGCUGAGGCUCCCUAUUGUUUCUCUCUCUUCUUGAAGUCAACCGAAAUCAAUCCCAAAUCUCUCACUCUCACUCUCUCCCUCAACUUCACUUAUUGCUGUCUCUCUCUCUCUAUACAUAUUCACAAUCAUGGCAGACCAGACCACAAACCCUUCAAUCAUGGAGCCAAAGCCACCACAUCCACUACACCAGAUAGCAGAAACACCAACCCACAAGCUCCUUUUGAAGCAAUGGCUCAAAGAAGAGGAGUUAAUCCUUAACAGGAUCAAUCUUAAAGAGACCCAAAUAGAUUCAGUCCACAAAGAGAUCACACAGCUCUACAUCUUCUUCUUUCUAUUCCACUCCGUUGCCUUGCUCCUCCUUUUCAAUGCCUCCUCCAGAGACCCACCUGGAAGUGGGUCCUCCUGCAAGAGAUCAUGGAUCCCGUCAUUGUGUUCUCUUCUAUGUUCUUUGGGGAUUACCUGGGCCGUUAGAUAUAAAACUGACGUAGAACUCCACCUGGAGAAGUUGUUGGAGAGAGAGAAAGAGGACGGGAAAUUGUUGUCUAAGUGUGUAGAAGAGCUAAAGAAGAAAGGAGUGGAAUUUGAUCUUUUGAAAGAAGUUGAUGCGCUGAGGAGAGCCAAGAGUUUGCGGGUGGAAACGAAGGUGGUAAGGAAGUGGUCUGCAAGAGAUUUUGUUACUCUGUUUUUCUUCACUGUCUCAUGUCUGGUCUUGGGGUUGACAAGAAUCAUUUUGUGUAGUUGAAGCUUCUGGGGAUUUUGAAUUUGAUUAUCUGUUUUUUCAUGGUCGAAGAUUUCUUGUUGCGGCCGCCGAAUUGAGUAGCAAUUGGAAAUUGCAGAACAUUCAGUUCUGCUAUUUAUGAUUUGGGGGAUUUAUUAUUAUGAAAGAAAAUUAACAUGGAAUAAAAUUUUGAAUUAUGUUC